AUGGGCUUGGACAUAGAAGAACUGGAAGAUGUGGAGUCUGAUGCAGGACUUGGAAACGGAGGUCUUGGACGUCUCGCUUCCUGCUUCCUUGAUUCUAUGGCGACCCUUGGGUUGUCCGCUUAUGGCUAUGGCCUUCGUUAUGACUACGGAAUCUUCGAACAGACCAUUAAAGAUGGUUGGCAGGUGGGCUUUGUCUGCCUCUUGACCCCUCUUAUUCAUGCGUUUUUUUCUAUAUACUGGAGUGCUCAUCCGUUUUACAAAAUCUCAUUGGGAAACAACCGAUCACACCUAGUUACUUUGUAUUCUCGUUCUCACUAG